GUCACACCCGUUUCCGGAAGUGUGAACACCCACAACAAAGAUGGAGGGCGAUAUCUCAGAUUCGAGCAGACCGCAAAUGUACUUUUUUGGUUGCACCCUGAAAUCGGACAAACGGGAGUUCAAAGUUGAGGUCGACGACGAUGAUACGGAGCACCAGCUGUCGCUCCGAGCAGUGUGUCUGGGAGCCGAGGCCGAGGAUAAGUUCCACGUGGUGGAAAUGGAAGGCCUCACGUACGAUGGGAAAUCCACCAAAGUGCCGCUGGUUGUCCUGAAACUGUCCGUCCUGCCCUCUAUGAGUUUAGGGGGAUUUGAGAUCACACCUCCAGUUACCCUCCGCCUCAAGUCUGGAUCUGGACCGAUUCAUAUCAGCGGGCAGCUUUUUGUCAGCCCGAAGGAGUCCGUGGACGACGAGGAGGAGAACAACAGCUCGCCGGUGAAGCGGCCGGCGGGCCCGAUGCUGGGGAAGAAGCCUCCAUUGAAAAAACUGAAGAUGGAAUCUGACGACGACGACGAUGAUGAUGAAGAUGACAGUGACGAGGAUGAAGACGACGAUGACGAAGGUGAUGACGAAGACGAAGACAGUGACAAAAUCGACGCGAAGCCUCAGAAGAACGCCGGAAAAGAGCUCAAAAAAAGCUUCCCAGAGUUUCCGGCGAAGAAGCCGCCCAACAAGACUCCGGUGAAACCAGCGGCAGGAAAACCACAGACGAAGACUCCGGCUCCGCCUCCCUCUGUGGCCGAGGUCAAGAGUCGGCUGACCGCGCUGGCCAAGGAGGGGAAGCCUCUGCCGAAGACGGAGCAGAAGUUUGAGAACUACGUGAAGAGUUCUUCAAAGAUCUCAGACAAAAAAGUGGUCAAGGACCUUUGGGCUUUUGUACAAACACUGAAGAUCGAGAAGAAGUAACGCAACUUUGUUUUUUGUUUUUGUUUUUUUUCGUCCCGCAAAAGUCAUUUUAAAGGCACAGUCUGCAAGAUUGACCAACUCGAAAAGAAAAAAAAUAAAUAAUAAUAAUAACGGGUGAUGCCAUUAAUGAUGCAGGUGUCAUUGUUUUAUUUUCUAUUUUAUUCCGGAAGCGAAGCGCCUCGGGAUCCACUCGGAAACAGUCGCGUUUAGCAGAGUUUUCCCAAAGGUGUGUGUGUGGGGGGGGGGGGGAUGGUGUCCACCCUUCAUCGCGUGCCAACCUGUACCACCUUCAGGGGAUGGAGGCCGCAGCGUCACCAAUUAGGACCCGCAGAUGUCUGUUGCUUCUCCUCCGGGGGAAAAGAAGAAGAGAAUAAAAAUAUUUUUAUUUUUUUCAUAUACGGCCGCAAUAAAUAACAGACGGAAUGUAAAUUGUCAAACAAAACGCCGCUAACGACGGACCGGAGAGGACCGUGUCACGUUGGUUUUAUUUUUUAUUUUUGGGGGGCGUAACUUCAAUUCAGUUUAUUUGUAUAGCCCAAUUUCGCAAAUUACAAAUUUGUCUCGGAGUGCUUUACAAUCUGUACACAGAGACAUCCCUGCCCCAAAACCUCACAGGAAAAACUCCCAAAUAAUAAUAAUAAAAGGGAAGAAACCUUCAGGAGAGCAACAGAGGAGGAUCCCUCUCCAGGAUGGACAGAUGCAAUAGAUGUCAUGUGACCAGAAGGACAGAUUAGAGUUAAAAUACAUUCAAUGAAUAUGACAGAGUAUCAAUAGUUGGUAGUCGGCAUAUUCCACGAUGGAGACCUCCACGAUCCAUCAGGCAGAUGGAGGUAGAGAGGUCAGAUUACAGACGGUAGACGGCGAGAUCGUUUUCACGAGUUUGGCUCCCGGGUGCUUCGCGUCCGUGACGAGUCGUCGAUAUUGCAGAAUGUUCCUUUUUUUUAAAAUGUAGUUAAAAAAAAGUUAAAUAAAUAAUUCGACUGUAAACUGCGUCAGACACGUUUUGUGUUUUUUUUUGGGGGAUUUUUUUAAAAUCAAAAUGUACAAGUCUGGUGAAGACAGCUGAUGGGGGGGUGGGGGGGGCGAUGGAGACAUGUGUUGCUUUAUGACGUUUUUUUAUAUAUGUAUUUUUUUUGCUUGCCAACAAAAAGAAAAACCUGCAGAUUAUCGUAUGAAUGUGGAAUUCGUCCUGCAUGUACGAGUUAUUAUAAUCUUUUUAUUAUUUUUUUAUAGUCUCCACAACAACAAAAGAACACGCCGCAUUUGUUGUUUAACGACUUUGCCGACAACACACAUGCGGGGAUCCAGCUGUUCAUAAAAAAACGAUAAGUUCCCUCCUCGCGGAGCAGCUGCGGCGCGUCUUCCCCGUCCGCCUGGCGAGCUCCAUUCAUGUUUUACUGGAACACGUUUACGCCGUUAUUCCACCGUUUCUUCUUAUUACAGCGAUUGCAUAACAGCACAAACGAUUAUCUGAAGAGCAGUGGAGGGAAAAAACAAUAUGACGAGCUCUAUAAAGCCGACACAGCUGGACUGCACUGUAACAGCCGGCACACUUGGCCGACUGUGAUGUUCCCCCCCGACGUGUUCCCAUGAACUCUAAAAGCUGCUUACACGCCCACGAACACGGCGCGGCGGCUAUUUAUUGCGGCUUCAUCUUCGCGUCACCUCCACCGGAGAGAAAAAAACCCGUAAAGAAGUCGACCGCGUAAUCGUUAGUGCGGCGGUGACACCGAGCAUCGCGCCGCCGCGCUUAUGUGUUUACGACCCGGUCCCGGUCCUGUGUUUUAUUUUAACUUUUUAUUUUAUUUAUGAGCCUUUUUUAAAUUUUAUUUUUUAAGAGCCAAAUCGUUGGCCAUCUUGAACCAAUUGAUUAAUCAAAUCGCUCGGCUCCACGGCCCUUCUGUUGUCGGCAAAGUCUGUGAACUCAAACUCCUUCAGCUGAUUUAGGUCUUUAACCCCCCCCCCCCCCCCCUUGACAGGACUACAUUUGACAGGACUACGUUUGAUAGGACUACAUUUGAUAGGACUACAUUUGAUAGGACUACGUUUGAUAGGACUACAUUUGACAGGACUACGUUUGAUAGGACUACAUUUCAUAGGACUACAUUUGACAGGACUACGUUUGAUAGGACUACAUUUGACAGGACUACGUUUGAUAGGACUACAUUUCAUAGGACUACAUUUGACAGGACUACGUUUGAUAGGACUACAUUUGACAGGACUACGUUUGACAGGACUACAUUUGACAGGACUACAUUUGAUAGGACUACGUUUGAUAGGACUACAUUUGACAGGACUACGUUUGACUACUACAUUUGAUAGGACUACAUUUGACAGGACUACGUUUGAUAGGACUACAUUUGACAGGACUACGUUUGACAGGACUACAUUUGAUAGGACUACGGUUGAUAGGACUACAUUUGACAGGACUACGUUUGAUAGGGCUACGUUUGACAGUACUACGUUUGACAGGACUACAUUUGAUAGGACUACAUUUGAUAGGACUACGUUUGAUAGGACUACGUUUGAUAGGACUACAUUUGAUAGGGCUACGGUUGAUAGGACUACAUUUGAUAGGACUGCGUUUGAUAGGACUACAUUUGAUAGGACUACGGUUGAUAGGACUACGUUUGAUAGGACUACAUUUGAUAGGACUACGGUUGAUAGGACUACAUUUGAUAGGACUACGUUUGAUAGGACUACAUUUGAUAGGACUACGGUUGAUAGGACUACAUUUGAUAGGACUACGUUUGAUAGGACUACGAUUGAUGGGACUACAUUUGAUCGGACUACAUUUGAUAGGACUACGGUUGAUAGGACUACAUUUGAUAGGACUACGGUUGAUAGGACUACAUUUGAUAGGACUACAUUUGAUAGGACUACAUUUGAUAGGACUACGUUUGACAGGACUACGUUUGACAGGACUACGUUUGACAGGACUACGUUUGAUAGGACUACGAUUGAUGGGACUACAUUUGAUGAGAGCCAUCUUUAACCAAUCAAAUCGCUCGGCUUCACGACCCUCCUGUUGUCGGCAUAGUCUGUGAACUUUAACUUCAACAGCUAAUUUGCGUCUUUAAAGUUAUAAUUAACCUAAAUAUUACAUUUUUAAUACUAAUUAUUGCUUUUAUACCAAAUUAACUGUUUUUUUUCUCUUUUCUUUCUCUUGCUUUUAUUCACCAAUUUGCGGCAGCUAAACAUUUAUAUAUAUAAUAUUUUUUCCCGCCCUCCCUCGGAGCUGAUUUUGAGACGUCGUGUUCUAGUGUGGUAUAGAAAUGUGUUUAAAUUAGGGCUGUCAAUCGAUUAAAAAAAUUUAACUAAUUAAUCGCACAUUUUGAAAUUGCGAUUAAUUAAUCGCGAUUAAAAGGGUGUUUUUCUUCGAAAGACUAAAUCUUCUAAAUGAACGAGUAAUCCCUCCAGACAGCGUGUAUUUUAGACACUUGUUUAAUUGUAUUCUUUUUUAAAGACAAAACUUCACACAGAGCUGUGUUUUCAAAGAGGCUCCUACCUAUAAAGUGUCAGUGAGGUAUUUAAUAUUGUGGAUGAUAAAUUGUUUCUUCAGUGAAACAUUCAGAUUAGUAAGAAAAGGUGUAUUAGAGAUUGGUCCUGUCAUCUUUAACACUGAACAGCAGCAGAACCAGUGGCCUUGGUAAACUGACAAAUAUGUAAUGUUAACCCUCUGGAGUCUGGGCUCAUUUUCUCGAUUUUACAAACACAUGUAAAUUCACCUUUUAAAGUCUUUUGCAUGUGAACCCAUCCCAGUGUUUCCCCCACCAUUCUAUCAGGGUGAGGCCCCGCCCCCCUGUCAUGUUCUCUAUCGCGCCAGAUUACAGCAGAAGUAAUGUACGGUUCUUUCCUUAAAGACGUCUUUGUUCUUGUAUUAAACUAAACGUCUGUUGUUGGUCGUCUCUACAGCAGCAUGUCAUUCUGUCUCCACGUGUCGGUCACUCUUCUCUCUCCGUCCCGCGCGCCGCAGAGCUCCAUGCCGGCGUGUCUGCGCGCGCAUCGGGGCGGAGAAAAAAAACGUCCCCUUCACCUUCCGCCCCGCGUCACCGACACGUCGCCCUCUGCUUCUCUGUGAAUAUGGAGGAGCAGACGGGAGGAAGGAGGCGGACUGCCGCCGCUUGACACUCACAGGAGUGCAACAACUCCAACGCACACCGGAAGUAAACAAAGUUGCGUUAAUUGCGUUAAAAUAUUUUAGUGCGUUAACGCGGCCAAAUUAAUCGCAUAGAUUAACGCGUUAACGCUGACAGCCCUAGUUUAAAUGUUUAUAAAUUACGCCUUUGUCGUCUUUAAGUCCUUUUUUUAAAUUCAGAGUUUUUGAAGCUAGUAUCUAAUUAUCUCCAAUCAAUAAAUAAACAUCGUGAUCAUUGUUGAUAACCUGCUGUGUGUUUAGGGCUCAUUGCGUUUAGUCAUUUUAUAAGUAUUUAGCUUUUAUUGAAGUAUCUGCUAAGUGUCGUAUCAAAGUAGAUUAUUGAUUAGUAUCUGUGAUCGAUCAGUCCAGUGGACGACCCGUCUGUAUUUUCUCUACGACCAUCCAGUAAAACAUCGUCUAUCUUAAUAGACACGUAUAUUUACUGCAGAGGAAAUUGAAACGCACUGAAAUCUGUAUUGCGAGUGAUUUAUAGACUCGACGCGCGUUGAAAUAAAGAACAUUAUUCGUCCAAUUUUAUUGAUUUUAGUUGAUGCAUGAGUGCUGAUGGAGGAUAUUCAUUCAUGCUUUGUUGAGACGAACACAUCCAGCCAUUGUUGUUGUUGUUUUUAAUCUAUAUGUAACAUUUACCUGAAUAAAGUAAAUCCCUGCUG